AACGGAAGCGGGGGUGGUUUCAAGAAAAGGUGCUUGAAAACCGCUUCUAGGCAUUCACGUCCACCGUGCAACUCCCGCAAUAGACCAGUAACUGGCGAUGAAAACCAAACCAAAAGAGAAGCGAGAGAACUGUGGAAUGGAAAACAGGUAGCUGGCUGCACAUCUGUAACAAUGGCUAGCACAAUAAAAGAAAAUAUUGAGCUUCAGAUGUCAGAACUAGAAAUGCUUUUUUCCAUGUUCCCUAAUAAAGGAGAAAUAACCCUUCAGGAUGAUAACACUUUCCUUAAUGUUCAGCGGUACUUGAAUGAUACAACUGAAGAUCUGCCACAUAAGAUUGAAUAUUCAGUUGUUGUUGCCAUCAAUGAGUCAACGGAGAGAAUAAAUUUGCAGGUAACCUUGCCUUACGAUUAUCCUCAUGCAAAACCACAGCUUUAUGCAAGGUCAAGAGCUCUAGACAGGCAGCACGAACUCUGCAUAUGGAUUGCUGUGCAGUGGCUGCAAGAUAACAGUUCACACUAUCUAGAAAACAGCAAAUUCUCCUCUGCAAAUGAAUCAAAAGAAAAAGUAGUUAAAAUGUUCUUUAAUCGAAUGUGGAUCUACAGCCACCACAUAUACAGACAAGAACUAAGGAAAAAGGUCUUUGACUGUGCAAAGAAAUUAAAUCUGACUGGUUUCUGUUUAACUGGGAAACCUGGGAUCAUUUGUGUGGAAGGUGUCAAAGAAAACUGUGAAGAAUUUUGGCAUGUUAUUAGAUACCCCAACUGGAAACACAUUUCCUGCAAGCACAUCGAGAGUGCAGAGACUAAAGGAAAUGAAGAUCACCUACGUCACUUUCAUAGUUUUGAAGAUUUACAGUUUCAAGCCCAUGGUGAUUAUGGACUGAGGAAUGACUAUCACAUGGAUCUUGGUCAGUUCCGAGAAUUCCUGAAGGAGCAUCAAAGUGAACAUGUAUUUCAGAUUUUGUUCGGAAUUGAAGGAAAAUCUGACAAAUAAUAAAAAGCCGCAUCUUAA